AUGAAUCCUGCUGCCAGUUCCCUGGCGAAGCAACAAGCCCUCCAGUAUUGCGAUGAGUUCAAGGCCACGGCACCAGCUUGUCCUCGCGUUGGUCUUUAUCUGGCCAGCAUACAGGAACCAUCCUUGCUUCAGCGUACCCACGAUCCCACGAUCCGUUUCUUUGGCCUUCAGCUCUUGCUUCACUGCAUUCAAUAUCGCUGGAAUGACUACCAGCCAGAGGAGAAAGAGGAGAUGAAAACAGUUAUUUGCAGUCAACUGCUGGUGAAUGGCACGCUACCAUUGGGCGAAGAGCAAACUUUUGUUCUGCUCAAAGUCGGCUCGGUCGUUGCCAAGAUGGCUACCCGCGAGUGGCCACAACAAUGGCCAGCGCUCAUUCCACAGCUACUUCGCAACGCCGACGAAAGUUUGACAGCACGGUUUUUGAGCAUGGCUUGCCUCAAGUCACUCAUUGAGGACACCAACUCUUUCAAUGACGAUCUGUUGCCGCGUCGGCGAAAAGAGCUGACGCAAGGGCUGACGGCGUGCUUGGAUGAAAUUAUUCCCUUCGCCACUACGACGCUCGCUGGUUGCCUCGCUCAGCACUCUCAGCACGAAGGGUUGCAGGCCGAGCAAUACGAGCUGACGCUUGGCAUCACGUUGGAGACUUGGAUCGUUCUUGUCGAGUGGAUUCCCUUUGAAAAGCUCUUUGCCUCUGGCGUUCUGCCGCUGUUUUGCCAGCUUCUGCAUGUGGAGCGACACCGUCAAUUGGCCGCGGAUGCCCUGCUUAUCGUCAUGAAUCGCAAAGGACCUAAACACGAUCGCCUUGCCUUGCUCGACCUCUUCCAGCAUAUGGAUGUGCUUCUUCAGGCCGUCCCGCAGUGGGACGCCGGUGGCCACGCAGCUGACGAGGAGGCGUAUAACUUUAUCAAGCGCCUUGCUCAGAUUGUGGUGGCCCUGGCCACGGACCAACUCUGCCCCUUGUGGAGCCGUAACAAUGGCCCUUACAAACAUGCACCACCAACCUUUGAAAGUUACUUGAGCGCUCUAAUCGCACUUACUCGACACCCAAGCGAGUUGGUCUGCUCUCUUACCGUGCCAGCUUGGAUGGCCCUGCUUAAUCACGACGACGCCUGUCGGGAAAAAGUACUACAGGACGUUCAGCCUUAUUUGCUCCAUGAUGCAUUUCUCCGAUUGAUGCGGGGUGGUGGGUUGGAGGAAGAUGACUCACCAGGCUCCGAGUUUGCCCAGCAAGACUUUGGGGAUCAAGAAGAGUACAAGGCCUUCUUUGGUCUUUUCCGUGGCAAGCUGCUCGAUGUGGUGCGCGCCAUUGGCCGAAACCAGCCAGCUGCAUCGUUGGAAUUUGCAUUGAACCAACUUUCCGUGGUCAUGUCCACGCCCCCAGAUUCAGUCGAUGGUCGCGUCCUUUUCAAUUCAUGGGACGGCAUUGCGGUGUUCUGGGAUGCGAUUGUCGCUGUCGCCUAUCCAACCAUCAAUGGGGAGGGUCGUCGUGGAAGGAAUGAGGCCUUGAUUGAGCAGCUGAAAAACUGCCUGGCCGCGCUACUGGACUGGUCAUGCGCCAACCCCUUGCUCAUGGAGGCCGAGUUGACAGUGCUUGGGGCUUUGCUGCCCGUGCUCGAGCAUGCGCCACAAGCCUUGCGGCUUAUGCUGGAGAAGCUAUUCAAUGCCAUGGAAUAUCAAGCUCAAGAGGACUACGUUCGUCUGAAUGAAGCCGCGCUUCAAUCUUCCACCCAUACUGGUUUGACUGACGGUGCCAAGGUUCGCCGUAAGGCGGGCCAGAUUCUUAAAAGCUUGUGCCAACGCCCGCCUCCGAGCUUCACUGAUACCGUGCAAGGCAUCAUCGGGCGUGUGCAACAGUUGCUUAGCCAAGUCGAGAUUGGCGAGAUGCAACGAAGGCUUCUGAUCGAAGCCUUGGUUGUGAGCUUCAAUUCGCUGGGUGACGACGUGCAAGAGCAAUCGCUGUUGGGCUUUUUCCAGCCCAUUCUGGCUGAAUGGUGUCACGAGGAGAAUACCCGCAUGCUCUCUUCUGUCAAUGCGUUGAUUGGAGCCGGUGGUCUCAACUCCGGUGAAAGCUACCCGCAAGCACAAGCUACGAGGCUACGCUUGACCAUGAGCGUCAAUGCGUUUUUGUCGGCCGUUCGUGAUACGGCUCCCCGCGGCUCGGCGGGUGUCGACGCUUCGACUGUAGCCGGGGCGGUACUGCAUGGGCGGGCCAGUAGCGCAGGCAUUGGCGCUGCUCAUGGGGAUCUUGCGACUCUCAGUGGCUUACAUGGGGACGCGACUGGUGGCAACGGGUUGCAAUACCCUGCGCUGUCUCUGCUCCACCAAACUUUGCCCAAUGUGCUGCGACUCUGCAACACUCUUCAUCACCUCGAAGUAGCGCCGGCUGCAAACAACAUGCUGUCUGCCGACCCGUCGACACUGCCUCCGGGCAUGGCUGUGCUCUUGGACCUACGUCGGAGCGAUGUGCAUGCAAUUCUCGCAGCAAGUUUGGACUCAGCGUCACGCGACAUGACCGCACAGGAGCUUUGGAUGGACCGAGCGCGCUUGUGGCUCUUCAACCUGCGAGAAAGCUGCUAUCGCAUUCUCGGGUGUACCUUCCGAUACGGCGUUUUAUAUGGUGCUGACGAUCAGGCAGUGUUUCAGCAGGCUUGCGUUGAGGUCAUCAGCGGGCUGCGCAAGCGUGAUUUACGGUUGUUUUGGAAGCUGACGGUCUAUCCUUUCUUGCGCUAUCUGCCGCGCGACCCAACCAUCAAAGGACACGCCGUGCAGACAGCGGCAGCAAUCAUCUUGCAAACUUGCCAUCGCCUGUCGGCUUCCAUGCUGGCAGCUCAGCAGGGCACAGGCGGUAGCACCGGCCCUCGUGAGCUGUCAAGCGAGGAGCUCACCCCCGAACAGCGAGAGAUUCUUGAAGAAAAACUAGAUGUUGAUCUCAUGGAAACGGUUAUCAUCACCUUGGAUCACUUGACAGCCGAUGUCAAGCUCCAACGCGAGGAGACCAUCGAGGACAAGUUUUAUCAUCAGCCAGAGCUUGGUCCCUCAGCCUGGGCUAUUUUGGCCGAUCACAGCUGUGGUGAAGCUCUUCUGGUGUUUUUAUGCCAAUCUCUAGCCGGUCGACAUGCCUCGCAGGCAAAUAAGGCCUGUGCCACCCUCUUGCGCUUGGUGCCCGCGCUGGCUAGUCAUGACGUUUACAGCCCCGGCCUGGCUACCUUGGUUCCAUCAGCCUUACUUGACGCCUUGGCUGCGCACGGCGAACACCACGACAACCUGACCAACCUUCUCCUUCUUGCUGGAAAAUGCCUGCUAUGGCUGGGUGUUCAUCCGGCCUGUCAAUCCACUUUCAUGACCGUGCCUGACAUCAAUGCUGACCAUCUGAUGGAGACGUACAACAUGCUUCAAAACCGUGAACUGCGCAACACCAAGCCGAUUCGCCUACGCAUGAAGUCCCUCUUGGAUGGCACGAUCGGAGUCAAUGUGGGGCAGGUGUACAACGCCCGGCCCAAGGUAUUGGAUCUUCCACAAAAGCUGGUGUUGGCGCGACAACCCACUGCAGAUGAGGAUGACGACCCUGAUCUUCAAAUCUCCGCCCUGUUUGAUGAGUGA